UAUAAUCAUCGGAAACGCACCAGCAAUAAACAGCCCUCCACUGCGAUCCCACUAAUUCCAACGACUGAUCGGAAAAGGAAUAGAGAAGUUCCAGAUUCAUUGGAUAAAUAUGGCCAUGCUGAACGGGAGCUCCAUUUACCAUCAGAGGACACUCAGGGAAGUCAACUUACUUGUAAAAAAUUCUUGAAGAACAUCUAGGAUGGAACGACCGAAGAUGAUGCAAAAAUUCGGGAAGCUAUGGAUAGAACCUAGCCGACACAGAGAAUCGAAAUGAAUCGCCGAACAGUAUGCAUACCACAGCUGUUCGAUGAGUGACCAAUUCUGAACCAUCCCCGAUAUUUUCUGUUACAUGCAUCACGAGUGUUAGAAUUUGCUAACAUUGAUGAAAUCGUUUGAGAGAAUAUCAAGUAUCAGAGGAAUAUUUAUGAAUUUAUGAAUACAGUUCAACUCUACAAACCUGAAAAGUCCACGGCUAAUAUUGAACAAAUGAUAAAUACUCUGCUGGAAGCUUCAACAGCAGCCCAGUAUCUUCAAGAAGAUGUUUCUCAUUUGGCAAUUAUUCCAUUGAUAAUAGCAUACUUCAAAGAGGAUUUAGAUUUUCUAUACAAAAUAGUUGUUGAAGCAAUGAGCAAAGAAGAUCUUGAGCAGCUCAUAACGAAUCCAACACAAAUUCUCGUUGUGAAGGGGGAAUCGUUAUACGAUCCAAUUGCAUCAUAUACAGUCUUCAUUGAACAAAGAGAAUAUAUUUACCGAACGCAUGCAUUGCAAGGAUUUUUAAUCGUUUUCCUUGCGUACUUCGUUUUUGGAGUCAAAUACCCCCAUGAUUUGGACACAAGUCUAGAGUUUAUUCAGAAAGUAUUCUUGGAUAUCGACAUACCUGAGGGGAAAGAAAACGCAUUUCUCCCAUCUAUCGAGCAAUUGUCGGAUUUCGGCUCGGAAGAAAGAUGGUGUUUUUGACUGGAUGAAUCAUCAAUGCUCUGCCGGACUUCUUCAGGAGAUCGAAACU